AACGGCGCACGGCCUAACCGCCGGGGCGGGCGCUGCUGAGCGCAUCGAUACCAGGCGGUGGCAGCGAUCGCCGAGCUGCCGAGCGCGGCCCCCGGAGGCCGGCGGGUGAGGCGGCCCGGGAAGCGGGGCCGGGGGCGCCGAGCGGGGCCCGGACGGCCGCUGGGCGGAACGGACCCGCUGCGAGAUCGUGCGGAGAGCGGCAGCGCGGACGCGGCAGCGCGGACCCGGGCACUCCAGCGCACCGCCCGGUGCGGGGUUCGGCCCCUGCGCGGGGGCGCGGGAACCUGGAAGCUCCUUUUUUCCUCUCGCGCCCCUUGCAGCGUUCGGAGCCUGGUGGGGACAGCGAUGGCAGCUCAGAUGACGGACGCUCAUCGGCGGUUCCUGCAGGUCCUGAUGUCUCAUGGAAUAAUGGAAGGAUCCGAGGCGAGGAAAUUACACAGGCGCUGCUGUGAGAUCCAUAAAGUGUACUAUGUGCAUGAUAAACUGGAUGAUUUUGUCAGUACUAUUAACAGCCACCUGCAGCCUUUGUUCAUGCAGAUCCGGAAGGGGCUGUCGGAGGGUGAUGGGAAGGCACACUAUGUGCUGGUGAAUUUGGCAGAAACUGAAAUAACUAAAAUGGCUUCUGACUAUACAGAAAAUGAAUUAGAAUUGUUCAGAAAAACAAUGGACCUAAUAAUAUCAUCAGAAAAUGGCUUUGCCUCUUCUACGGAUAUUUUAAACUUGGCUGAUCAACUUAAGACAAAGAAAAUGAAGAAAAAAGAAGCGGAACAAGUGUUGAAAGUUUUUGCGGAGGAUAAGUGGCUCUCUGAGAGAAAUGGAGAAUAUACUCUGCAUACUCGCUGCAUAAUUGAGAUGGAACAAUACAUUCUCAGCAACUACCAAGACAUGGCAAGAAAAUGCUACAUCUGUCACAGCCUUGCCAUCCAGAGCCAAGUAUGUGACUCCUGCGGAAUUCGAAUGCAUUUACCUUGUGUCAGGAAGUGCUUCAGAGCUCAGACUGACCCACGCUGUCCGCACUGCAAUGACUGCUGGUCUUGUGACAUUCCAGGUAUGAGUCGGAUAGACUCCCAGUCACCAUCAAAAGCAGGGAGAGCAGAGAAGAGCUUUGUUCUCAGCAGCAGACGAUGCUAGGAAAACUUGCUCCCAGUGACAUUCCACACUCAUGCAGAACAGCCAGACUGUAUUGUAUUCAUUAGUAACAGUGCACUGUUCAGUGUACUUCUUCUUUCCUGAAGUUUUAAGAAUCUUACAAUAAAACUAUGCUUGACCUUCCA